ACCAGUCCGAGACCGUAUAAAAGGAGCACGCCUGCCAACGAGACCGUCAGUGGUCGCUGAAGCAAUCCAAGGAUCAAACAUGAAGCUGCUGGUUAUCGCCGCUCUGCUGGCCGUGGCCGUCGCGAGGCCGCAGGAGGCGGAAUAUGAUCCGACAGCCGAGCUCCGUGAGGCCGGCAUCAUCCGCAUGGAGAUGAGCCAGAACGAGGACGGCUCCUUCCAGUACGGCUACGAGACCACCGACCCCGCCUCCCAGGAUGUCUCCGGUCAGAACAAGAUCAUUAAUUCGGAGCCCGGCGUCGUCAUGCAGGGCACCUACUCGUUCGUCGCCAAGGACGAGAACGGUAAUGACGUGUCGGUCACGGUCAACUGGACGGCCGACGAGAACGGCUUCCAGGCGCAGGGAGAUUCCAUCCCAGUGGCCCCCGAGGAUCCUAACGCUGCAGCCCAGGCCGCGGCGUACGCUGCCGCCGGCGGGCAGCAAGAGUAAACGGACUUGGAUGUUCCACGCUAUCCCAGUGAUUACUUCAGUGAUGACACUUGGGUGACUGACUACGCCAGCCACCACCGGCCUUCGAGAUAUUCCCCGCCACGUGUUUUAGAGUAGCUCCUCGAGUGCUGCUUAACGGUGCAAGGCGUGGUCGGAAGGAUUGGCAUCGAUGUUCUGUGAAUAUACGUGCGCUUCAUAGGC